AUGAGCGAUAAUUUGAUGGAAAAGGUGAGUGCUUUGGGGGAGCGUCUGAAGAUCGGAGGAGUGGAGGUGGGUCGGAAGAUGAGUGAGGGGAUGAGUUCGAUGAGCUUCAAAGUCAGGGAGUUCUUCCAGGGCCCUAAUCAGGCCGACAAGCUCGUCGAGGACGCCACUUCCGAGGCCCUAGACGAGCCCGAUUGGGCCCUCAACCUCGAUCUCUGCGACCUCAUCAACACCGACAAGCUCUCCACCGUCGAGCUCAUCCGCGGAAUCAAGAAGCGGAUCAUGGUCAAGAGCCCUAGGGUUCAGUACCUCGCACUCGUCCUCCUCGAAACCUGCGUCAAAAACUGCGAGAAGGCCUUCUCCGAGGUCGCCGCCGAGCGGGUCCUGGACGAGAUCGUCAGACUCAUCGACGACCCCCAGACCGUCGUCAACAACCGCAACAAGGCCUUGAUGAUGAUCGAAGCCUGGGGUGAGUCCACCGGCGAGUUGCGCUAUCUCCCUGUCUUUGAAGAAACUUACAAGAGUCUGAAAUCGAGGGGUAUUAGGUUUCCUGGUCGUGAUAAUGAAAGCUUGGCUCCUAUUUUCACUCCGCCUCGUUCGGUGUCUGCUCCGGAGGCUGAUGUCAAUCCUCAACAGCAGUUUGAGCGUGAUAUUCCUGGGCAGUUUGAGCAUGAUGUUCCUGUGCAGAGUUUUUCUCCUGAACAGACCAAGGAAGCCUUUGAUGUUGCGAGAAAUAGCAUUGAGCUUCUUUCCACUGUAUUGUCGUCUUCGCCGCAACAGGAUGCUUUACAGGAUGAUUUGACCUCCACACUUGUACAUCAGUGUCGUCGGUCGCAAGCUACUGUCCAGCGAAUUGUUGAAACUGCUGGGGAUAAUGAAGCACUGCUUUUUGAGGCCCUAAAUGUCAACGAUGAGAUUCAGAAGGUUCUUACCAAGUACGAAGAGUUGAAGCAGCCUGCAGGUGUUCCACUUCAGCCUGAACCAGCUAUGAUACCAGUUGCUGUUGAGCCAGAUGAGUCACCGCGUCACACUAAAGAAGAUGCCUUGAUUAGAAAGCCAGCUGGAUCAAGAACGCCCCAGGGAGGGAGCAAUGAUGACAUGAUGGAUGAUCUUGAUGAGAUGAUUUUUGGGAAAAAAGGCGGGGAAGCAUCAGAUGGGGGACACGAUACGAAGAAGCAGCAAUCACCGAAAGAUGAUCUCAUCUCUUUCUGA